AACCAAAGUCUUCUCUGCUAUUUCUCAGAUCUUUUUCUUCAGACUUUUCCUACUUAUAACUCUAAACCUUCAAGCAAUUCCUAUGCUUUUCUUUGCCUCCAAAAUUUGCAACACCUACUUCUCCACAAUUAGUCCAAAACUCCUUUCUAAAAACCCAAACAAACCCGAUAACCCUGCAGUCUCCAAAACCAUAAUGAGACCCAAAACCACAUGCAGCAACCACACCGUUUUAACCCGAUGUUUCAGCCUUGCCAUUAUCCUCAUCCUACGAACAUCCCUUACCACGUCUGAGGCCAAGACUCUAACUUUGCCACUAAAAUCACAAGUGAUUCCAUCUGGGUAUCUCCCAAGACCACCCAACAAGCUACGAUUCAACCACAACGUUAGCCUCACAAUCUCCAUCACAGUUGGCACACCCCCACAGAACGUCUCCAUGGUCAUUGACACAGGAAGCGAACUCUCAUGGCUCCACUGCAAUAACCACACAAACACAAACCCACUCCUGCCCGACCCCUUUUUCAAUCCGAAUGCCUCCUCCACCUACUCGCCAAUCCCGUGCUCUUCAUCAACCUGCACGAUUCGAACCCGAGAUUUUCCCAUACCCGCUUCCUGCGACUCCAACAACCUCUGCCACGCGACUCUCUCAUACGCCGACGCUUCCUCUUCGGAAGGGAAUCUCGCUUCGGACACACUACGCUUCGGAUCCUCCGUUAACCGGGGAGUUAUAUUCGGCUGUAUGAACUCGUCCUACACCACUAACUCCGAAUCCGAUUCCAACACAACCGGGUUAAUGGGUAUGAACCUCGGGUCACUCUCCUUGGUUUCUCAAUUAAAAACUCCCAAAUUCUCCUACUGCAUUUCAGGUUCUGAUUUUUCCGGCAUUUUACUUCUCGGGGAGUCCAAUUUCUCGUGGGGCGGGUCGUUAAAUUAUACCUCCUUGGUUCAAAUAUCCACUCCUUUACCUUAUUUCGACAGGUCUGCGUACACGGUUCGGUUCAAAGGAAUUAAGGUUUCGGAUAAAUUAUUAAACAUAUCGGAUAACCUUUUUGUUCCAGAUCACACCGGAGCGGGUCAAACUAUGUUUGAUUUGGGUACCCAAUUUACGUUCUUACUUGGCCCGGUUUAUAAUGCAUUGAGAGAUGAGUUCUUGAACCAAACAAAUGGUACAUUGAGGGUGUUGGACGAUCCGAAUUUUGCAUUUCAGAUAGCAAUGGAUCUCUGUUACAGGGUGCCCAUGAACCGGUCCGAAUUACCCGAGUUACCAAGCGUGAGUUUGGUUUUUGAAGGGGCCGAGAUGCGGGUUUCCGGUGACCAACUUUUAUAUCGGGUACCGGAUUUGGUUCGGGGUAAUGAUUCGGUUUAUUGCUUCACCUUUGGGAAUUCGGAUCUGCUUGGUGUUGAGGCAUUUAUAAUUGGUCAUCACCAACAACAGAAUAUGUGGAUGGAGUUUGAUCUUGUGAAACAAAGGGUUGGGCUGGCUCAUGCACAAUGCGAUUUGGUGGGCCAAAAGUUACUGGGCUUGGGCUGAGUAAGCCUACUUACUUCAUUAGUGUGUGGUCCAAAAGUGGAGAGAGAUUGAGAAAGUGAAUGAAGGGGUUUUAGAACGUAGUGUUUGAGGAUAAUUUAUUGUUGGAGUUUGGUCAACUUCAUUCAAUUCAAUUGGAGUGGCCAACCCAUGGAAAGAGUGUUUUAGGGGAAAGCUUUAAAGAGAGUCUACUUUGUACAUUCCAUUGUUCGAUUGUUUUUAGUAACCAAAUAAAUAAAUUCUAAAUUAAUAUUGU